UUCGGACGUAAAGGGCGUACGCAAACAGGAAGUGUGGCAGUUUACCUACAGAACGGCGAGCGGCAUCAUGGCGGCCUACGAGCAAGUUCAAAAGGGGCCCCUGAAACUAAAAGGCGUUGCAGAGCUUGGCAUCACCAAGCGAAAGAAGAAAAAGAAGGACAAAGACAAGGCGAAACUCCUGGAAGCGAUGGGAACGAGCAAAAAGAACGAGGAGGAGAAGAGGCGCGGCCUGGACAAACGAACCCCGGCCCAGGCAGCCUUCGAGAAGAUGCAAGAGAAGCGGCAAAUGGAAAGGAUCCUAAAGAAAGCAUCCAAAACCCACAAGCAGAGAGUGGAGGACUUCAACAGACACCUGGACACCCUCACGGAGCACUAUGACAUUCCCAAAGUCAGCUGGACGAAGUAGCCUCCCCAUCCAGGAUGAAACAGACUCCAGAAGAUGAGGAGCUAAUGCCCCCACGGGGCCCUGCGUGAGCUGUCCUCCCAAGCUUCCUCUAGCUUGGGGCUUAGGCUGUUCCUUCUGGAGCCUAAGGAAGCCGCUUGAACAUUCAUGGCCUUCAGAAUGCCUCCCCAGCCACGUGGUUUGUGAGACAAUGUAGUUUGGGAAGCAGAACGACUGUCUAAGGCAAGAAUGGGAUGCUUGCCUUGUCCCUAUCUGAGCCUGUGGCUGGCGUGCAGCCUCUUCCCCUGGUGUCUCUAGAGGGUGUUGGCAUGGCAGACAUCACUAAUCAAGCAUGGCAUCCCUUUGUAAUAGAACCCUGACACAGCCUACCACACUACCCUUGACCCUGGGCUCUAAGCAUCCCCUGGGUUUAUUCAGAGUUGGCACAUGGCAUAUAGCCCGCUUGGCCUUUCUGGCCUAAGGACACCUCAGGGGUGACAGGACCUGGGCAGAGCCCCAGCACAGACAGUGCAGUCAAAGGGGAGGACCCAGAUCCUGGUGCUGGAGAGCCGUGAUCUCUGAGGACCUACCAGUACCCUACUUGCUGAGGAACAAACUGCAUAUACUAUUGGGAGGAAGACUCUUUUGACCUAGGUAGUGACAGAAUAGCAAAGUCAAAAGAGAAAAACCAAGUGUUGUGUUUGAGGCUGUCACCUAUGAAUGGAAUAAAGCAAAAAAAUAGUUAUUAAA